CAUCAUGCCCGACUUGUCGAAGAUGAAGAAACCCGACGUGAAGGUGGUUCUCCUGGGAGACAUGAACGUGGGGAAGACGUCGCUUCUCCACAGGUACAUGGAGAGGAAGUUCAAAGACACCAUCAGCACCGUCGGAGGGGCGUUUUUCCUCAAACAGUGGGGACCGUACAAUAUCUCGAUAUGGGACACAGCCGGUCGGGAACAGUUCCACGGCUUGGGCUCCAUGUACUGCCGAGGCGCGGCCGCAGUCAUCCUGACCUACGACGUCACCAACUGGCAGAGCCUGGCCGAGCUGGAGGAGCGCUUCCUGUCGCUGACGGACACGGCCAACCACGACUGCAUCUACGCCCUGGUGGGCAACAAGGCCGACCUCACCGACCCCCGAGCCCAGCUGCCCCCGGAGGCCGCCGGGCUCCCCGAGGACCAGACCGAGGAGGAGAGGACAGAGCCCCGGGUGCCGUCGGCCUGCCCCACCCCCCCGGCCUCCCCGACCUCGCCCUCCGGCGCGCUGCUGCACAAACAGGUGGCGGGCGAGGACGCCGCGGCCCUCUACGGGAGAAUACUCCGAUACAAAGGUCUGGACGAGAAGGGCAGCCUCCCCGCCGAGAAGAUGUGCUUCGAGACGAGCGCCAAGACGGGCUACAACGUGGACGCUCUGUUCGAGACGCUGUUCGACCUGGUGCUGCCCUCCAUCCUGAGGAAGAGGCACGAGAACCAGGAGUCCCCCACAGUGGACCUGGAGGACUUCAGGGGGGUGGGCACCAAGCGAGCCAGAUCCACCUGCUGCUAGGGAGCAAAGGAAAUGGAAGAAAUAACCUCAUGGGCCAUUCCUGUUUUUGUUUUUUUUAAGUAACUGGCAGGCUGGUCGGAACCCAAAAUGUGACGGUACGACUUUGUUCUGGGAUCUGUGAAGCAACCGGGACCAGCAGAGUUCCCAGCGCCCCGGAGAACUGAAACUGCACUUGUGUUUGCCAAAGAU